AUGAAGACAAAAAAAGUUAAGAAGAUAAGUCUCUAGUUAAAAUAAUUACUCAUUGAAAGUGUCAUGACUGAUCACUUAUCUAUUCAUCAAGCCUCGAAACUUCACUCCAUCAAUUACUCCUCUGCUAAAUAUAUUAUAAACCUAUAUAAAAAAUUAGGUACUGUGACUCCUCAGCAAUCAAAACAAAGGAGAAAACCUAAGGUUUAUAUAAUCAAAACAUCAGUUUUGGUUGACUACAAUUCUGGGGAGAUUUUACUAUAUAAAUAAAAUUAAUUAAAAAAAUAGAAUCACUAGGAGAACUAAUAGAUAUGUAUGAGGAAAGGGCUCAUCAUGACUUCAAAAUCAAUAUUUCACUCACUUAAAAUUAAAGAAAAAAUAUUUUCUGAAUCAAAUUCUGAUUAUAAAAAAUUACCAACCUUCACUAAUAUUUCUGAACUAAAAAACUUGAUCUAAAUGCAACACAAACUGAUGAGUUCAUGA